UGGACUAUAAAAGCCAUGUGGUGGGCUGGUUGUGCAGUUUCUCCUGGUUUACCUGCAGCAGGAGGGCAUCUGGCAGCAUGACCUCCCAGCGAUGGAUGCUGGCUUUCUGCUUUUCACUGGCCUCAGUUUUAGGCACAGGGGACUCAGCCACAACAACAGACACUCAGAAAUACACUUGCAGGACAUUUGGCAGUGGCGUCUUCGAGCCUUUCAAUGGUUUAGGUUUCUAUGUCCGGUCCAACUGCCCAUUCACGCUGACACGAUUCACCCACAACCGGGUGGAAUGCGAUAUCACCAUACGACGAGAUAACAAUGGGCUGCUGGUCCAACUUGAGAUCAUCAUCAACAAAGUGCGGACGGUUGUGCAGAAUGGAAGCAUCCUGGUGGAGAGGAAAAGUGUUUCCCUGCCGUACGACCACACCUACCAGCACAUCUUUCAUUACGGCAUCUACACCAAACUGAGGAGCGCGCUGCUUCCACUGUCUGUCACCUGGCACAGUGUACCAGGAGGAAUAGACACUGUGUGGGUGGAGCUGGAACAGGACCUGAGCCCCGACAUGACUGGACUGUGUGGAAAACACAACAUCUCAGGCAACAACCAACAGCUGAUAAAGGACAGCAUGCUUGCAGAUGACACAUGUAAAACCAAAGAUCCUGUCUCUGCUAAGAAUGCAGAAUGCCAAGAUUUCUUUUCCUACAUUUCGGGUUGCCUGCAAGCUAUGACGCCUCAUUAUCUCAAACUCUGUUAUGAGAACAUACACGGCUAUGAGAAGAGUAAAUUCAUCCGCUGUGCCUUCCACAAAGAAAUCAUGCUACAUUGUGAAAAUACCUCCCCUGCCUGGAAUAUAUGGAGAACUGUAACUAAAUGUGAGGAGCCAACAUGUCCAGGAGACCUGGAUUAUAAAGAUCAGGAUGCAGCCUUUGUUCCCAGCUGCUCCAAUCCCAACCCCAGUUCCAGCAACCAGGAGCUCAUCAGCUCCUGUGUCUGCCCAAAGGGAACGGUGCUUAAUGAUCAUGCAGACGAUUACCACUGUGUGAGUGAGUCCAGCUGCCCCUGUGUGUUUGCUGGCCAGACGUACUCAAACGGAGAAAUACGCAGCAUCAAAUGUCAGUCAUGUAUGUGUCACAAUGGGCAAUGGCAAUGCUCUCAAAACUCCUGCCCCUCCAAAUGUGUCAUUGAAGGGCAGUUUAUGACAACAUUUGAUGGCAAACAAUAUGUUGUCCCUGGUAAAUGCACAUACAUGGCUUCACAGGGUCCCAAAUGGCUUAUAAUAAUCGUGUAUUCUCAAGAGGAACCCGAUAUAGAAGCAGUCUAUGUUGUGAUUGCUCAGCACAUGUAUAAAUUCUCACACAACAUGGUUACAUUGGAUGGGAUUGAGAUCACUGAAACUAAACAGUCUGAUCAUGUUCUGGUUUUCUGGCAGUCCUCUUUGUACGUCCAUAUCCAUACAGCCUUUGGUAUGAAGAUUCAAGUCCAGGUGUCUCCUAAAAUCCAGCUGUACAUAACCCCACCCAAAAACCACACUGGCGAGAUCUCAGGUCUUUGUGGAAACAGUAACAAGGACACCACAGAUGACUUCACUACUGGCAGUGGGAUCAUCGAGAACUCUGCUCAAGAAUUCGCUCUUUCCUGGGCUAUGAGUCCUUGUACACCGAACAUACCCUCCACCUGCAUCAACACUAACAAUGAAAUAUUUGCAGAUGAGAAGUGCGCCGUGUUGAACGACCCAACUGGGAUAUUUGCUAAGUGCCAUAGUCAUAUCCCAACCGAUCACUACCACACGGCUUGCAUCCAGAGAACAUGUACCAGUGGCAGCAGUCUGCCACAGUGCUUGUGUGUGGCUCUGGGCAGCUAUGCCAAAGCCUGUGCCAGUCUGGGUGUUGUAAUUGGUGAUUGGAGGAAAGCCACCGACUGCACUCUGCAAUGUCAGAAAAACCAAGAAUUCUCCUACAGCAUGAAAGCCUGCAACCACACAUGCCUUUCCCUGUCUAGCCCGGACCCUUCCUGUGGGGUGGACGACGAUCCUGUGGAGGGUUGUGGCUGUCCGGACGGAACUCACCUAAACCAAGAAGGCAUCUGUGUCCCAAAGUCAGAGUGCACUUGUCGCUAUAAUGGUGGUUCAACGUCCCCGGGAUCUGUUGUGAUCAACGGACAAAAUUGCAUCUGUGAAAAUGGAGAACUGCACUGUUCCCCGGAUUGUGGGUGCAGAGAUGGGAAAGUUUGUGUUCAUUGCUCCAAGUAUCCUGUUAACACGGCUCAGAAAACCUGUGCCAGUCUCAGCAAACCAAUGGGCACCAAUAUGACCUGUGACAGUGGCUGUUACUGUCCACAUGACCAGUAUGAGGAUCACCGUGGAAACUGUGUAUCUCUGGACAACUGCACUUGUGUGUACAGUGGCAAAGUCUUCAGUGCAGGACAGCACGUCAUAACCAACUGCAGAACAUGUGUCUGCAGACACGGUCAGUGGCUCUGCAGGGGCAGGCCUUGCCCUGGGAAGUGUCAAGUUUAUGGAAACGGACACUACCAGACCUUUGACUCCAAAUGGUACCGCUUUGAUGGACAGUGUCAGUACACACUUGUAGAGGAUGACUGUGGCUCUAAAGGCGGCACCUUUUCUGUCAGAGUGGAGAGUGUCCCAUGCUGUGAUGAGGCACUCACCUGCUCCCGCUCUAUCAUCCUCGACCUGAAGGACGAAGUCACCCUGACACUGAGCGACAUGAGGGUGACCAGGCGCCACCAUGCCGGCUGGAUUCUACAGAAAGAUCCCCUUUACACUACACACACUGUGGGACUCUACACCAUAAUCUCAGUUCCAAGCAGAGGAAUAACUCUCAUCUGGGACAGACACACCAGGAUCACCAUAGAGCUGCAUGCACACUGGAGGAACCGAGUGUGCGGCCUCUGUGGAAAUUUUGACUCCAAUGAGAUGAAUGACCUGCAGAUAAGUGGCUCAGCAGUCAUGUCCAGUCCCCUUGCAUUUGGCAACAGCUGGAAAGCUGCUACACCUCCUUGCUCUGAUGUGACCACCGAGAUAUUCCCAUGUGAACGCAACUCCUACUGCUCAGCCUGGGCCCAGCGCCGCUGUAUGAUCAUCACAGGAGACACAUUCAAAGAAUGCCACUUCAGGGUGGAUCCAGAUCCCUAUUACCGUGCCUGUGUGCAGGAGUCCUGCUCUUGUGAGUUUGAAGGGAAGUUCCUGGGCUUCUGCACAGCUGUAGCAGCCUAUGCAGAAGCCUGCAGUGACCAGGAUGUGUGUGUAAAAUGGAGGACACCUGAUUUGUGUCCGGUCUACUGUGACUACUACAAUGAGCAGAACCAGUGUAGCUGGCACUAUGAAGCCUGUGGUAAGAUGCUAACCUGUGGGAAAGACAACUACAUCACUCACAAGCUGGAAGGCUGCUACCCCAGAUGUACAAAGGAGGCGCCAUACUUUGAUGAAAAUACUGGUGAAUGCACCAUAAUGAGAAAUUGCACCUGUUACUUUAAUGACACUAUCAUUCAGCCUGGGACAGUGGUGGUGAUAGGGUCCACUGAGUGCCGCUGUGAAAAUGGAACAAUGAAAUGUUCAUAUCCACCUCCCACCACCGCUACACCAACAACUACACCUUACAUAACAACUACUGAAACAUCACCGACAAUGGCCCCUACCACCUCUCCACCAACGACAGCUAUCACCAAUGCCUCGACUACUACUGAAUAUUGGUCAACUGUACUUUCCACCACCGCUACUCCAACAACUACACCUUACAUAACAACUACUGAAACAUCACCGACAAUGGCCCCUACCACCUCUCCACCAACGACAGCUAUCACCAAUGCCUCGACUACUACUGAAUAUUGGUCAACUGUACUUUCCACCACCGCUACUCCAACAACUACACCUUACAUAACAACGACUGAAACAUCACCGACAAUGGCCCCUACCACCUCUCCACCAACGACAGCUAUCACCAAUGCCUCGACUACUACUGAAUAUUGGUCAACUGUACUUUCCACCACCGCUACUCCAACAACUACACCUAACAUAACAACGACUGAAACAUCACCGACAAUGGCCCCUACCACCUCUCCACCAACGACAGCUAUCACCAAUGCCUCGACUACUACUGAAUAUUGGUCAACUGUACUUUCCACCACCGCUACACCAACAACUACACCUAACAUAACAACGACUGAAACAUCACCGACAAUGGCCCCUACCACCUCUCCACCAACGACAGCUAUCACCAAUGCCUCGACUACUACUGAAUAUUGGUCAACUGUACUUUCCACCACCGCUACACCAACAACUACACCUAACAUAACAACGACUGAAACAUCACCGACAAUGGCCCCUACCACCUCUCCACCAACGACAGCUAGCACCAAUGCCUCGACUACUACUGAAAAUUGGUCAACUGUACUUUCCACCACCGCUACACCAACAACUACACCUAACAUAACAACGACUGAAACAUCACCGACAAUGGCCCCUACCACCUCUCCACCAACGACAGCUAUCACCAAUGCCUCAACUACUACUGAAUAUUGGUCAACCACCAACUCUACACCAACAACCACACCUGUCAUAAUAACGGGUAGCACAACAAUGGUAACAACAAUGGAGCCCAGCACUGCGCCCCAACUGAACACUACCAAUGCUACCACUGUGAAUUGGUCAACUGUACUUUCCACCACCGCUACACCAACAACUACACCUUACAUAACAACGACUGAAACAUCACCGACAAUGGCCUCUACCACUUCUCCACCAACAACAGCUAUUACCAAUGCCUCGACUACUACUGAAUAUAGGUCAAACACAACAUUCAUAACUGCCAGUACGGAGGCAACACCUUAUGUGUGUGAGUGUGUCGACCUGAAGACGAAAGAACGCUGGUACUGUGGAGAAAUGUGGACAGAGGACUGCUUCCAUAAGGAAUGUAAAGAUGAGAUAAUACUGUUGACUACAGUGGAUUGUGCACAGCCUACAAUUCCAAACUGCCCCAGAGACAAGUACACUGCAGUGUCUGAUGGAUGCUGUGGAACAUAUCAGUGUGACUGUCAAUGUGAGCUCUUCGGGGACCCCCACUACAUCUCUUUCGCAGGCCUAUACUUUAGUUUCCAGGAGCCAUGCACCUACAUCCUGGUGGAGGAGCAGUCACCACGUUAUCAUCUGACCAUUGCCGUGGACAACUACUACUGUUUUGAGGGACUCGAUGGCACCUGUGCUAAAGGCAUCAUCCUGGAAUAUCAGAAAAAUACAGCUACACUCAGUAUUAUUCCAGAUUUAUUUAAAAUACAGGUCACUCUGAACAACAUGACCAUAGAGCCACCAUAUUCGGGGCACGGGAUGAUGUUUGAGACCACGGGGUUCAUAGUGUCAAUCUCCAUCCCUGAGAUACGCUCUAAUGUCUCCCUCAGUCUGUCGAAUAACCUUGUGGUCUCUCUGGGCAUGGAAUACUUCCAAAACAACACCCAGGGACAAUGUGGUGUAUGUGGUGGUGGAUCAUGUAUCCGUUCAGGAGGGCAGAUCGAAGACGACAGCUGCUGUGGUAAGACGGCCUAUGACUGGGUAUAUGCAGACCCUCUGAAGCCAGCCUGUGAUUCAGCACCGAGGAACGUACCUUGUCACGGAAGCACUACUACACCCUCCUACAGCACAUCCCCUACUACCCAGUGCUCUGCAAACAGACUCUGUGACCUGCUAAACCACCCAGUCUUUUCAAGUUGCAGCAAGUAUGUGGAUCUGAACAUUCUAAAGGGGGCCUGUGAGUUUGAUUCAUGCAGGAAUGGUCCUUGCUCUUCAUUAGAGCAAGCUGUCGAGGAAUGCAAGUCUUUCGGUUUCUGUUUUGACUGGAGAGAACUGACCAAUGGAAGCUGCAAUGUGACCAAAUGUCCAGAAGGAUUAUUUUACAGAGAAUGUGCUGACAAGCUGGAUGACUUCUGCUAUGCAGGAAAACGUUAUCCAGGAUCCUCCUUCAGGAACAAAAAGGCAGGCUGUUUCUGUCCCCCCGACAACAUCAGGGCAGGAAAUCAUUCAAACGUCUGUGUCACUGACUGUCCCUCUUGCAAAGGACCGUCUGGUGAACCUAGAUGGGCUGGUGAGGUUUGGGAGUCGGGCUGCAACCUGUGUACAUGUAACAACCAGACUUUCACAGAGGUGUGUGUUCGUAGACCUCCUCCGCCAGUUCCCAGGUGUGCCCCCAAUUCUGUACUGGUAAACACCUCCUGCUGUGGAGCUCAGACUUGUGUUGAGAAGACUUGCAGUUAUCAUGGACAAACACACCAGGUGGGAGAGAGAUGGAAGGAUGCCGCCCGACCCUGUGUGUCAUUCAGCUGCAGCACCGAGGGUAUUCAGACUGAGACUAAAGUCUGUCCCGCAGAAGAGUGCCAGGAGGAGGACAGAAUUUGGGACGACCAACACUGCUGCUUUACAUGUAACCAGAGCUGUGCUCCGAAGGUGACCAGUGUUAACGUUACCGUAGGCAACUGUGUCGCUGUGGUGAAGAUACCUGUGUGUCAGGGCCACUGUGCGUCUGAGCCGGGGGUCGUGUUCCACAAUGACCUGCAGGUGGAACAGAAGUGCAAAUGCUGUCAGGAGUGGAGCUCAGAGAGGAGAAGAGUGACCCUGCAGUGCCUUGACCUCAAACCCAGAGUCCACAACUACCAGCAUAUCACAAGCUGCGAGUGCAGUCCCUGUAGCAUGCUGGGGCAGUAUAAGAUUGAGCCCUAGUACUGACAGCUCAGAGCCAAGAACAAAAAAAAAGGUAAUGAAUCCUUUAGAUACAGUCAUGGAAAAAUGAUUAGACCACCCAUUAAGUUAAGAGCUGAUACAUAGAUAGACAUUUUCCAUGGUUUUCUUGAUAAUGAUUUUGGUUAUUAUAAUGGAAAAUGGCUAUGUGUCUUAAAUUAAACUCUUAUCAGCUAUUUUUGUUGUUAUCAUUAUAUUUGUCCAAACAAAUGUACCUUUAGUUGUAGCAGGCAUUAAAUGAACAAGAAAUUGAAGAAAACAAUGGUCUAAUAUUUUUUUCCAUGACUGUAAGAGGUUAAUUUUAUCUGUGUUUCUUGGAAUAAUUGAUUGUAACCUAUUUUAUUUUCACUAAUAUUGUCUUAUAUAGGUUUAAGACUAUAUAAGUAUAGUUAUGUGAAAAACAACAUGAAAGAAAUGUAGUGGGAAGAUACUCCAAUAUUAAGUGUUUCACUCUUACUGCAUAUAGCGGCUAAAUAAAACAUGGAUUCUGUAUGUAAUAAUUAAAUAAUAUGCAAUGUAUUUGAUCAGAUUAAAACAUAAUCUGUAAACUAUUUUGGGUUUUAAAGUUAAAAUAAUAUUGUAAUUAUUAUUGUUGAUCUAUAAAGCCUUUUGUGAAAACAUUCUUAAUAUAAUAAUUAAAAACAGACUCCACUUAGAGAAUCACUGCUUUAGAUUCCCGAAUCAAAAUCUAACAGUGUCAAAUUUAUCUGAUUUAUUAACUGUAAAUCCCUCCCAAUUAAAGUCUUUCUUAUUUAAAGUAUUACUGAAUCUGUUUUUGUCAAAUAAA